CAUGGACCACACCAAGGCCCACUCGACUCUAUGCGCUCGCUGCCUUCGUCCGCUCCCUGACUCUGUUGAGACCCCUCCCUCCGUGUGGACACAGUUACGCAGUGGAUGGCUGCCAUCGUCGCACGUCGAGGUAGAGACCUUCCGAGCAACCGUGUCCGACACACGUCGACGCAUAUUGGCCGUUGAUGAAGAGCUCGCUGCCCUUUCGGUCAGGCUCGCGCGUCUUGGCGAUGUCAAAGCGGCACUGCAGCGCAACUUGGACGCUCAUCAAGCCCUGCUUGCACCCAUUCGUCGCUUGCCGGUCGAGAUCGUGAUGGAAAUCUUUCGCUUCGCGAGUCAAGAUGCGAAGGACUUUAUGCAGAGGUGGCCAACGAUAUUGUCCGUCAGCUCAGUGACCAAGGUUUGGCGAGACAUCGCAAUUAGCAUGUCAAGGAUAUGGGCUGCACUUCCUCUCAAUUCGAUCCAGGGCGCACUCCGUCGCUGGUCCGUACCCCGACAAGGCUCGGCCGUAAGCCGCGCACGAAUAUACCUAUCCCGAAUCGGCAACGCAACCCUGAGCGAUUCUUUGGUCUUCACUACUCGACCCGCAUCUGCUCUCGAGCUCUUCAAGGAAGCCAUGGUUAACAGUGAUGCAAUUCGGGCUCUCCACAUACGAGAGUGUGGCUUCUUCGAGAUAUUCGGUAAUCGCUCAUUACCGCGUCUGGUAACAGUGUUUGGCGACGUUCGCGCUCUUUCAUCUUCCGGACCAGAUGAACAUUGCGUCUUCAUGCGUGUACCUCGUCUCAGCCGACUCCAUCUUACGAACGUACGCGAACUACCCCAGGAGCACAAACUUCAGCUGCCGUGGUCCCAGAUCCAUGUUCUCAGCACAAAAACCAUGACGAAUGCCUACGCCUUGGAUGCCAUUGUCGCAAAGUGUCCAAAUCUGAGGAGUUGGAGGCAUCGAGAAUACGAUGACGAUUCCUUGGACGGUCCCAGCUCUCCCACGACAUCGCACCUCAGGCUAGAGCAGCUGCAAGUACUGCGUGUCGAUUCGGACGACAUCUGCGACUGGCAGCACAAAUGGCUGUUCGACCAUCUCACGACGCCAAAACUCGGCAGACUCUUCGUCAAUUGGGUGGACUGGCCCGUCAACACACCGAAGGAUGGUGUUGCCCGUUCUCCAAGUUCCUGCCCCCUUGCAAAAUUCCUCGCGCGCUCGAACGGAGUGCGUACGUUGUUGCUGAAGAACUCGUCGAAGCUCGAGCAGGAAUACGUACUCUCCCGGGAGGCCCCUUCGAGCAUCGUUAACCUCAGCAUAUCCGGCGCGGAGAACGUGCCUCUUGUGCCGUCCUCCGUGACCUCGCUACGCGCGACGGAGGUGCUGCCUGCCUUGCGACGGCUGAUCCUGAAAGGUGUCAAGCUUGACAAGGGACCUCGCGACAUCAUCGCCGAGAUGGGCGCAGAACGUGCGCGUAAAAAUGCGCCGUUGGCCACUCUCGACGUGAACGGAGAUCUGGACCUGGCUGAACGGUAAAGUCGGUUAGGUGUGGUCGUCCGGGACAAUGCUCGUAGGUCCAUUACAGGCUACUACGAAAUUACUUGAUGCAUGGUCUUAUGCAUUGCUGAUCAUCCUGUGGAAUGUUAUGCUCUGGCACUUGGGAUACACGACUCAUGUAGACAGGUCUGCUUUGAACGAUCGAUCACCUAAAGGCAGUUGCAUUGUC